AUGGGGGAAAUUGAGGAGUUGGGAAGUUCCCAAAGGAAAAGGACGUCAUUUGUUCCUCCGAAACACGGCGAGACAGGUUUUGGAAGCGGUUUUCUCAAUCUCAGCAUCAUCGCGACGGUUACCAAGUAUUUUACCAGGAAACGUCAAGGCAAGGCCGUAUCUACAGUUUUGACGUGUUAUGCCGUCAGCCCGCUUAUAACGCUGUUCGUCUACCGGAGGUGGUUUGCGCAUGGUCAGAUAGAGGAUGAUGCCGGACAGGAUUUUCAUGGAUUCAUGCUCUCCUUCGCCAUCACAAUCGCCGUCGUGGGCUGUCUUUUACUAGGUGUCUCCAGAUUUAGCAGAGAGACAGAAUCAUCAGAACUUUCCUUCCUCAAUGAUACUGAUUCUGAGGAUGUGGCAAAAUCCACCGGUGAAGGGCCUAGCGGUCUGAGGACUAAAAUAGUGCAGGAAACACAGACUAUAUUCCAGUGGCCGCUCCAAAUGUUGAUCUGGUCUUUUACCCUCUCUUACCCAGUUGUCACGGGCAUUGAUUAUGACCUGGCUCUGUAUGCUAAAUCAAGUGGUUUAUACACUGUGUUUGACAGCAUAUUUGUGGUGUUUCAAGUCAUUUUAUUCUUGUCUCGUUUGGCUGUGGGUUUUAUUUCUGACGCCUUGGUAGAGACAAUUCCCCGGACUUCAUACAUCGCAGUCACGUCCUUCUUCCUGGCUGUCUGUCUUUGUGUCAUGUCAGUUUUACCCACAGCCGAGUUAACCAUGUACAUGCUGUCAAUUACGACUGAUUUGGCAGGCGGGGUGGUAAAGCUCGUCUUGGUAACUGUGCUUGUCCAGAACAUCGGGAAAGAGAACUUUGCCAAAAAUUGGGGAAUCGCUUACAGCUUGACAUCUGUUUUUGUGACGAUUUGGGCCGCCAUGUUCUCCUCUGUGUAG